AUGGCGUCACGAAUGGCGAGUCUCGUCUCCUUCACUCUCAUAACAUCAUCAAUCCACCAUGUUGCUUUUGCCGAACGACUGUCGAACUAUGUCGACCCUCUCAUUGGUACUGUGGGAUCAAUUCCAGGAUCCGCCAUUGCAGGCGGGAACUCUUUCCCAGGUGCGAGUCUUCCGUGGAGUAUGGCCAAACCCGGGAUCGAUACAUCUUACCUCGGAUUACCAAACGGGAGCGCUGUGGACUGCAAUGCAGGCUAUUCACCCCUCGGGAAUGUUACUGCUGUCUCAAUGACACAUGUCUCUGGAUCCGGUGGCGUUCCCACCUAUGGUCUGAUAUCCCAGAUGCCGAUUCUGGGCGACUUGAGUCUUGUUAAUCUGGGAGACAACACUACUUACUGGCAGAACAGAUCAAUGCAGUUGGAGAAGGCGAGUGUUGGAUUGUUCACUACGACCCUCUUGAAUGGCGUUGGAAUUGAGAUAACAGGUUCCAAACAUUCUGGUCUCAUGAGAUAUCGAACCAGCCCUACUUCAAGAUCCGACAAUGCCAGUUUCUCGGAUUCGGGGAAUGAUUACGCUGCCGAAGUCCCAUCGUCUGAAGAUCUCCAUGUUCUGGUAGACCUCACGCAUGCUCUCCCGGGCUACGGCAACCAAGCAUACUCCCAGAAGUUCUUACACGGCACUCUCCACAUUGAUAGUUCUCCAAACGGACAGCCUUCAUACCACGGGUCGGCGACAUACAAAGGUGGAUGGAGCCAGCCCGAAUCUCACACACUGUACUUUUGUGGCAACUUCUCCGUCCCGGUCUCUUCCAACCUCGCGCCAACAUCUUCGUACGUGACGCAGAACACCGACAAUGGUGUGGUAGGAGCCGGAACCUUCAGCUGGCCGUAUGACCCUGUGCUUCCUCCUGCUUUCACUGCUCGUCCUGUGCCAAGGUCUUUCCCAACCGUCCAGGCCUACGCAGGAAGCGGAAUGGGAAUUGGAGCACUCUUCAGCUGGACGCCUUCUGGAAACAACGCAACAGCCGAAAGAAUUGUUGAGUCUCGAGUCGGUAUUUCUUACAUCAGUGCCAUUCAAGCAUGUCAGAGCGUGGAAAAUGAGCUACCAUUAUCUCUGACUUUUGACGACGUGGUUGAACAGGCCCGCAAAGAAUGGGAAGAUGAGAUUUUGAGCAAGAUUGAGGUGCUAGACGAUGGAUCCGACACCAGCCAGAACACUACUUUGAAGAGAAUGUUGUACACUGCACUAUAUCAGACUGGUUUAAUGCCAACUGACAAAACAAAUGAGAAUCCAUACUGGACGACCGAUGAGAAACACCCGUACUACGACGAUCACUACACUAUCUGGGAUACUUACAGGUCUCUCCUACCGCUCUACCACCUACUCUACACGGAGACAUAUUCGCGGGUGAUCAAAGGCCUCAUCUCCAUCUUCACACACGACGGAUACCUCCCCGCGGGCCGCAUCGCCAAUUGGAACGACGCAGAUGAUCUCCCGAGUCGAAAUGUGGAUACCGCAGCCUUUGACGGAGCCACGAAAGAAGGUCGAGGUGCUCUGGAUGAUUAUCUCCGUCUAGGCUACAUCACUCGUAACCACACUCGGAGUAUUUCUCGCGGGGUGGAGUACUCGCAGAAUGAUCAUGCGAUUUACAGCAUGGCGAAGUCCCUCCCCCACGCCUCUGCGGUUGAUGUGGAGAGAUUCCUGCAACGGUCUAGCUGGUGGCAGAAUCAAUGGAGUGCAGAAGCUAAUACUUCCCUCUUCGUCCCCUCGAUCUCAAACACAUCCAACACGACAUUCUCGGGUUUUCCGGCCGCGAGAAAUAGUGAUGGGCAAUGGAAUUUCACUGCUUAUGAUCCUCUGAGCUGCGGCGGGUGUGGCUGGGCCGAUGAUAUCUACGAGGCGAAAGUCUGGGAGACGGCGUUUGGUGUUGCUCCACAUGACAUGGCCAAGGUCAUUGAACUGAUGGGUGGAGAUGAGAAGUUUAUUCAGAGACUCGACGUUAGUUUCUUGCCAGGUUAUGGUACGAGUGUCGGCGCGAACAAUGAUGCCGGCAGUGCCUUGUUCAAUCCCGGUAAUGAGCCAUCCUUUACCACACCUUUUCUGUACAACUACAUCCCAAAGCACCACUGGAAGACGGCCAAUCAAACGCGAGCGACCGUAGAUACAUUCUACUCUGAUGCACGUAACGGCUAUCCAGGAAACAUCGACGGCGGUGCUCUUCCCAGCUGGCUGGUUUUCAACCUCAUCGGUCUAUACCCGGUAGCAUCGCAACCGAUCUAUCUGCUUGGAGCGCCGCGUUUCUCAUCCCUGCGCAUCAAAUUGUUCUCGGGCACUGCGGUUGAGAAGUCUUUGUAUAUAUCGGCACCAGGGCUCUCGGAGACAAGCUACUAUCCUCAAUCUGUGAGCUUUAAUGGAAAGCAGCUGGAUCGAAGCUGGCUCAGUCAUGAGGAGCUGAGUAGUGGUGGAAGCUUGGUAUUUGAAAUGGGUCCAGAUCCCGCGGAAUGGGAUGUUGGUCAGCGGCCACCAUCUUUGUCUGCGUGGUAG